AUGUCUGACGCUGGAAGAAAGAAUUUCUCUGACAAGGUUACCGAGUCUAUCACCCCAGAAAGCCAAAAGACCUUUGGCGACAAGGCUAAGGAGUCGGUCACUGAUGCUGCUGACAAGUUUGCCGCCAAUGUGACUCCAAACGAUCAAAAGUCUUUUGGUCAAACUGUUGCUGACAGCACUAGACAGGGCCACGACGAUGCUAAGAAGGCAACCUCUGAGAACCAAGCUACCUUGGCCGAGACUGCUGAGCAGUACAUUGAUGCCGCCAAGGAGCAAGUUGCAAAUGCUGCUGAGUACAUUUCCAGCGUUGUCACUGGUGCUCUGGAGGGUGCCAAGAAGAGCGCCGACGAGACCAAGAAGUAA